AUGAAGGAUGAAGAUGAAGAACUUGUAAGAGAAGUAUGGAAAAUGUUUUUUGACGGGGCAUCCAAUAUAAUGGAGCAUGAUUUCAACUGCACAAACAAUCUUGCUGAAUAUGAAACAUAUGUCAUGGGGCUACAAAUGACUAUUGAAAAGAAGAUUGAAAUGCUAGAAGUAUAUAGGGAUUCAACCUUGAUAAUUUAUCAACUAAAAGAAGCAGCUUCGUAUGCUAGUAGUAUUAUGCGAUCAGUUGUGUGUAAAUUUAUAAAAAGAGAGAUAAUAUAUCGGUAUAGGCUCUUGAAAAGGAUCAUCUCAGAUAAUGCUAGCAAUUUAAACAAUAAAAUGAUGAAAAAAUUAUGUGCACAGUUCAAGAUUAAGCAUCAUCAUUCAACACCAUAUCGCCCAAAAAUGAAUGAUACAGUGUUGAUGAAGAUAAAAUUGGAUGAGGCAGAAUUGGCUCAGGAUUUUUUCAAGCAAUUGAAUCUUAUUGAAGAGAAAAGGCUCUUAGCACUCAAUUAUAGACAAAUGUAUCAAAAAAAAAUCAUGCGAGCACAUGACAAAAAGAUACGACCCCGAUACUUUUGCGAGGGCGAAUUGGUUUUGAAAAGGAUUUUACCAUAUCAGCAUAACAAUAGAGAAAAAUGGACGCCCAAUUGA